AUGGACCCCGAGCACCAACACCCCAACGCGGAACUCCUACAAAGCGCGACGAAAGGGUUCGAUUAUCUGUUCUCAAACGACAUCGUUUCAGCAAGACAACAUUUCGAGCGUCGCGAUGACCCGUUCCAUCUGAUGGGAUUGGGAGUGUGUGCAUUUCUAGAGGCAGCGCUUGGGAUGGAGACAGGCUUAAUGACUGAAGCGUCAAGAUGCCUCUCUCUGUCAGAAGCAGGAGCUCGGAAACAGAUGCGCGUCCCCAAACCUCGAGAUAUGUCCUAUGAAAGCAAGUUUUCGUAUGGUUUGGAAUGGGAGAUCUUGAAUGCAGACGCGAUUGUGUUACUUGGGUUGACUCACGCAUUGAGACUGUACAAGACCGUGUUUCCUGUUGGACUACCUCACAUCCCAUCUUCCCGAGGGGACAUCUCCAUUUCACCAUCCCUACCCGCCGUGCUCAAACAUAAGCCAUCCAUGGCGUCGCUCGCGUCGGAGUCGUCGACGACUUCUGCCAGCAGUGCAGCGACGAUUCCUACACCGGCGCCCGCAAUAAAGUCCAGUUUCUUUUCCAAGUGGGUCGGGGCGUCAUCCACACAGUCGUUACCCAUUACGUCAGGCACCGGACACACCGUUCCCGACGGCCCAGUGGAGGAUUUGAUCAUCGCGGGGACUGCAUUUGGGUUUGGGCUGUUCAAUCUCGUGUUUUCUCUCUUGCCGAAGAAGAUCCAAGGCGUUGUCGGAUUUUUGGGGUUCAAACACGAUCGCAAGUUAGCGUUACAGGCGUUAUCGUUGGCCGCCUCAAAGUAUGACGUGCAUGGCGUAUUUGCUGGGCUAGUAUUGAUGACUUAUCAUGGGGCCGUUCUUUUGUUCUCGGGAUACCAAGCAAACGAAAAUAAAAUUUUGGCGGAGUACAAAGAUAUAGUUGACAGGAUCGAGUCUCGAUACCCAGAAGGUGCUUUAUGGGUUCUCAAUCGUGCCAAAAUCUUGCGUAUGUCAUACGAUCCACAAAGUGCGAUCAAGGUAUUGCAGGAUGGGCUCAAACCGGACCGGACACAUUCAUUUGUACAAGCAGAUAUGCUGUUAAUUUUUGAGCUCGCUUGGACGUUGCUUGGACAAAGAAGAUAUCAAGAAGCUAGUGACGCGUUCAUGAAAAUUACCGAGCUCAAUUCAUGGAGUCAUGGAACAUACUAUUUUAUCGCGGCUGGAUGCCAGCUCGCUUUGGGAAACAAGGAAAAGGCCCAGUCCAUGCUCGACGCCAUUCUUGAUCUCAUUGAGAAAAAGAAAAUUAGCGGCAAGGACCUCCCCACAGAAGUAUUCAUCAAGAAGAAGUUGGCCUUCUACAAAGAAAAGCAAGCGCGCAGAGGUGGUGCGCCAGAGCACUAUGUUGAUUCUGUAAAAAUUAAUCCAGCCGAAGUCUGGAAUAACCACUCCCGCGUUGGAGAAUCUAUUGCUCGGGCUCACAUCAACGCCUUGAAAGAACUUUCCCCACAUGUUCAUAUAAGCAAAAUAACCCUGGAAGCGUCAUCACCUACCACUAACUCCCUUCGCACACCAAGAUCUGCACAGUCCUCAGGGUCAAAGGUGUCUCUUGUAUCUCCCGCAGACGUGGAUCUCGAUACGUCAGACGAACUUGCUAUUCGUGCGCUCAUGCUUGGGAUCAACUAUCGGACGAUUAAGGAGUUUGAAAUCUCUCGUGGAUUCCUUAACGAAGCUUAUGGCUACCAAAAUUCCAUAAAAGUAAGCACAUGGGUGGGAGGCGUAGCUGCCUUUGAGCUCGCCGUGCUCGAUCUGAAGGAGGCAGAGGACCGGGAUAGCGCCAGCCCCGUGGUAUCGUCAAGUGAACCGCCGACACCUGCCAGUGGGAAUGGGGAUGUACCUGCUGUUGUUGCUGACGCCGGUGCUGUAGCUGAGAAGAUUGACAAUCUUCGUCUGGACUCUUCUGCCGAAGGUCGCCCAAGUGUCCUUUCACCGGAAGCUAGGAAGAAGAUGUGGAUAGAGACGUUGAAGAGCGCUAGCACGAAGCUUGACCUUGCUUUAAAUCUUGCUGGGAGUUCGAUUGAUCUUUCAUCGCGUUUAGACAGUCGUAUUGCGAUGCUACGAGACGAAAUUGCGGCGAAGACCGCUAUCAUAGGCGUUAGCAUAUGA